CUAGUUAAUUCGCGGGGUUUAGUACUUUACCGCUGCGAAAGAUCUCAGAUUAUCAACCUUCAUAUUGGAUAUUUAAAACAACAUUGGCAGCAACAACAUAAUGAACUAGUAAUGUGGCUUAGGAUUUUAUACAUUAGCAUCUUAAUCAAGCCCAUUUAUCUCUCUUAGUGCCAUAAUACUUUCUUAAUGAUCUCAGAGUUUUAUGUUCUACUAGUCCAAUUAAUAGCAGAUUGGUAUUUUUUUUUACAUCCCACAUGAACCCUGCAAGUUUUUGUAUACAGUUUUUGUUUAAACCGUUGCAAUAUUUAAUUCUUUAAACUCUGUAACGGCUAGUUUUCUUUGUGUCUUCUACCUAGCGGACCCCUUUCCCCUGGUUCUUCUUUUUUUUUCUUGUAGUUCUCUCUUUCCUUUUUUCCACCUUUUGCCAUUAUUUUGAUUCUUCCUUUUUCCAGAUCCAAAUAUUUUUUGCACCUGAAAUGAUGAACUCCGAUUUGGCGGCAGAACCUUAUUACGGUUCUUGCAGCAAGGUUAAGGUGGUGGAAUAUCUGGAAUGCUCAAUGUCAAAAGGUCUGCUCUGUAAAUUCCCAGACAAUUCACCCUUUGAUUUUGAUUACUCUCAGAGCUCUAUUUGGUCGCCGUUAAUCCGCCGUCCCUCUUCCAGAAAUGUUCAGAACUCCGGCGACGGUAUCCCGGAAAAUCCCGCCGGACAUGAUGAAGAUGGCUUUAAUGGGCUCAAAAAAACCAAGUCUUUGACUGUGAAUGUUGAGAAGGAGUUCACCGAUUCCUCCUUUGAUUUCGAUGACUCUCAGAGCUCUAUUUGGUCCCCUUUGAUCCCUCGUCCCUCCACCAGAAAUCUUCUAAACUCCGACGACUUACCGGAAAAACCUGCACUUGAUGAUGAUGAUGAGUUUAAAGGGGUCACUGGAAUCAAGGCAUUGACUGCCAAUAUCAAGAGAAAGUUCACUGAUACUGUAAAGGAUAAUCUUCAAAUGUACCAAAACUUGAAGAAGCGAAAGAGGAAGAGUCAGGAAUUUUCUCCUUUACCUCGUACUCCUGGAAAGGGAUGGGGAAAGGUUCUGAGAGCUGCUUCUAAACAAUUCAAGAAGAUGAAGAAGAAGGAUGGUUCCAUUGGUCACAUGAACUUUAGGAGAUGUAUUACUGGUGGAGGCUAAGUUUUUGUUAUGCUUUUCUAUUCAUGUAAUUUAAGAUAUAGAUUCAGGUUCCACACAUUUGGUGGGUUUUCUUUUAGCUAUCCUUAGCUACAUUUACAUUUGCUGUUUAUUCUCUGAAGUAUUGAGAUGUAAUCAUUUUGGUCAGAUUAUAAUCCUUCGUCUGACAAUUCUGGGGAUAUUUAUCAUAUGAAAAUUUCAUCAUUCUUUAUAAUUUCCAGUUAUUGAAUCAUUAGCACCCUCCUUAGCAACACGUAGAUGUAGUUACAAUAAUGCAGUCAUAUCCAUGUAAUAAGAAGACAAAUUCUUGAAGAAAAGUUUCUGGAAGAAACAGGAAGAAAGUCAGAGAAUUGGUGCUUGUAAUUUCUUUGGGAGACAUCAGACAUUGUUAAGAUUGUUUAUGCAG